ACUUGAAAGUCUGCUGGACGAGUCUAAGCGGCCAGUUGCAACCUGGCCGAUUAUCGGCACAUGCUCUAAAGAGGAAGAUUUUGACCAAUCCAGAUUGAAUCCGGACGACUCGGAGUUUGUUCACGUUCAUGGAGGAGACACCGUACACUUUUCGACAAACACUGCAAACACCUGCACCGAUUUCAUGUCUGGCCAAAGGAUCGUCGGACCAUUUCUUUGCGGGCUCAGGUACGGGUUACCAUCAGAUGUCAUGGCAUGUCAUGUAGACUCCUCUGUACAGAUGAUGGUUCGGUUCGCGUAUAUCUUCAAGAGAAUUUGAAGGUCGUGAAGGCUAUCAGAGGUAUGGGAGAAGUAUCGUCUGUUGUGUGCAUGCCGCACAAUGCAGGUGGCCUCGGGGACAUAUGGGUCGCGUCCGAUCAUUAUGCUCUACGUUUUACUAUGGAUACGGAGAAGAUGAUCCUUGCGAAAGCUGACGCGACCUUGACUGUUGGAGCUUGCUCUCGCUCAAUCGAAAAAACUAAUCAAUUGGCAUUUUGUCUGGACUCUGGUACAGUCGGCGUCAUCGAUCUUUCUACCAAAAAAGUAACCCGCAUGAGGACGAGUCAUGACAAUAUCUGUGGAACUGUAAAGUUCAUUCCCGAUCGUCCAAGUGAACUUGUCAGCGGCGGCUACGAUUCUAGUCUGCUGCAUUACGACUUUCACCAAAGGACCGUAUUGUCACGGUUUGAUUUAGGGACAUCUCCUCCAUCUUCGGGGGUUUCAAUGUCUCCGCCGUUCAUAUUGUCCUCUGCCAUUUCCCCAUCUGGGAUCUUGGCUGCGGGAACUGCUGAUGGACGGGUAUGGAUUGGCACAGGCGGAGAGAAAAUAUCAGGGGCCACAUCUGGCACGUCUGUUAAAAAGAAACGACGAAAAUGGGAAGGAUUGAAGCAAGAUGAAACCUUCACGGCUGACGUUGGGAAUGGCCCUAUCGCUGCUCUGACAUUCCUCGGACCUCGAACACUUUUGACAUCCACAUUAAUGGGAAGAGUCGCGCUCCAUGAAAUUCGUGCCUCGACUGCGGAUGGAAAGUUAGAUAUGAUUCUGAAGUGGACUAAAGCAACGACUGGAGUGAACAAGGUUAAUGCGAUUAUUUCUACAGGGGGUUUGGUUAUUAUUGGUGGUCUGAAUGGGAGUGGAGGAGGUGUAAUAGAGGUUUGGGAGAAAGGGAGUUCUAGUGAUGCUAUGAGUAUGAGUACAUGAAAGUCUUCCUUCGAUUGAUGUAGUUAUAACACAGCUGUAGUGCGAGGGGGUAGGUAUGCUCAUGAUUAAUAACGUUGGAUGGACCAUGGCUCUUGUGCUCCAGCUUCAUCGUCUUCAUCGUCUGCCUCUGUCUUUCCUUUCUCUUUCUCGAGCCUUAUCUCACCUUCGCCGACCUUCAUCCUCGCUAUGUAAACAGCUGCUCUCGCCUUGUCAGCAUCAGCCCUCUUCUGUGCCGUCACCUCCUCAAGUUCUCAGUGCACAGUGUAAUGGAUUCCAUUCGCGAACCCAAGGAAGCGUCACGUGCGCGCGCGCGCAGAUUCCACACGUCACGCGUC